UUAUUGCUAAUCAGCUGUUUUCAAGUGUCAAUCAUUAUCGCCACCAUGGCGUUAAAUUUCAAGUACUGGUUCUUUACUUUAUUAAUACUCUCAACAACGUCAGCAGUCGAUAAAAACAAUUUUAAAACAUGCGAACAAAGUAGUUUUUGUAGGCGUUUGAGAAACUUCAAACCUGGAACAGUGUCUUAUGUUUUAAAUUUAGACACUCUACACGUUUCUGAUAACUCAAUAGAGGCUGAUUUGAAAAAUGUGGAAGCUGAAUCAGAUUUUAGAUUUACUUUGACGUCUCUUGCUGGCAAUAUUUUUAGGGUAUUUAUUGAUGAAGUCAAGCCUAUACAUCCCAGAUAUCAAGUUCAAGAAGCACUUAAUGGCGAGCCACAAGUGGAAAAAUUGGAAGUUUUAGAGCGCACGAAAGACAAAGUAACAGUACGUUCAGGCGACAACAAGGCCGUCGUGACAGCAAAUCCUAUCAAAAUUGAGUUUUUCAAAAAUGACGUUCUUGUGGCUGUUAUCAAUGAGAAGGGAUUGUUCAACAUGGAACAUCUCAGGGCUAAACCUACAGAGGGUGAAGGGGAAGGAGAACAAGAAGUAAAAGAAGACCCGGGCGCUUGGGAGGAAAAUUUCAAGUCGCAUCAUGAUUCUAAACCUAGAGGUCCUGAAGCAGUUGGUGUUGAUGUCACUUUUCCUGGAGCUUUCAGGAUUUAUGGAUUGCCUGAACAUGCGGAUAGGUUGGCUUUGAGGAGCACGGGGCCUGGGGGGCUUGACCCUUACCGGUUGUAUAAUUUGGACGUUUUCGAGUAUGAAGUUGACUCUACUAUGGCCAUUUAUGGGGCAGUGCCGGUGGUCUACGCGCACUCAGAUAAGAAUACAGUGGGAGUUUUCUGGCACAACGCCGCUGAAACUUGGGUAGACAUCGGCAACAGUAAAGACACAAAUGUUGUGUCCUCCAUCGUAAAUCUAGUCUCAGGCCACCAACCUGAUAACGUCGUUGAUGCUCAUUUCAUGAGCGAGAGUGGCGUUUUCGAUAUGUUUGUUUUAAUGGGACCUAAACCGAAAGAUGCCGUACGACAAUACGCCUCUUUGACUGGUGUUGCCCCCUUACCACAAUAUUUUGCUUUAGCUUACCACCAAUGCCGUUGGAAUUACAAUGACGAAACAGAUGUCAUCAACGUUAUUGAUAACUUCGAUCUCAACGAGUUACCAGUCGAUGUUAUCUGGCUAGAUAUUGAAUACACCGAUGGGAAAAAAUAUUUCACGUGGGAUCCGAUUAAGUUUGCACAUCCUAGUGAAAUGGUUUCGAACUUGACAUCGACUGGUCGAAAAUUAGUUGUUAUCAUUGACCCGCAUAUUAAGCGAGAGGGUGGUUAUUUCCUCCAUGAAGACUGUCUAGCGAAUGACUAUUAUGUUAAAAAUAAAGAUGGCAAUGUUUAUGAAGGUUGGUGUUGGCCCGGUUCUAGUAGCUACCCGGAUUUACUUGACCCCAAAGUCCAAGAGUAUUUCAAAAGUUUGUACGCCUUGGACAAGUUCAAAGGGACGACUCAAGACGUCCAUAUUUGGAACGACAUGAACGAACCAUCGGUUUUUAACGGACCCGAAGUCACAAUGCCGAAAGAUUGUAAACAUUAUGGAGGAUGGGAACACAGACAUAUUCACAACAUCUACGGAUUACUUUAUACUCAAAUCACUUAUGACGGUUUAAUUAAACGAUCAAGUGACCGUAGACCGUUUAUUUUGACUCGGUCACACUUCGCCGGGUCUCAGAGAAGUGCAGCUGUUUGGACUGGGGAUAAUGCGGCCGAAUGGUCCCAUCUUCAAGCCAGUUUCCCUAUGUGUUUAUCCGAGGCUUUGGCGGGAAUUAGUUUUUGUGGGGCUGAUAUUGGAGGGUUCUUUAAUAACCCCGAUACCGAAUUGUUGCAAAGGUGGUAUCAGACCGGUAUUUGGUUACCAUUUUACCGCGCCCAUGCCCAUCUGGACACAAGACGCCGCGAACCUUACCUUUUCAAUGAAGAUGUCCGUACUAGAAUCAGAAACGCUUUAAGACUGCGUUAUGCCAUUUUGCCCCUCUUUUAUACCUUGUUUAGGGAACACGAGACAACUGGUGAACCGGUGAUAAGGCCACUAUUUUACGAGUUUCCUAGUGAUCCAAAUGUUGUGGAUAUUGAUAACCAACUUCUUGUCGGUGACAGAAUUUUGGCGCGACCUGUGAUAGAGUCUGGUGUGUCUUCGGUCAGCGUUUACUUGCCUGGGGGUCCUAACCAGUUUUGGUACGAUAUUGAAGAUUUCAAACAGUAUCACGGAACUGGCGUUAUCAACAUACCAGUGACUUUAGAUAAGAUUCCAGCGUUUUAUAGAGGUGGAACUAUUACUCCUAGGAAAGACAGGCCGAGAAGGUCGUCAGCUUUAACACAUCAUGAUCCUUACACACUCUACGUUGCAUUGGACAACAAUAAAUCGGCUUCCGGUACUUUGUAUGUUGAUGACGGUGAAAGUUUCGCCUAUCGUAACAAAAAAUACUUGUAUUUGAAUUUCGAAUUUAAAGACAAUACUCUGACUAGCAGCUUGAUUGAUAAGACAGAUUUCCCUACUCAUGCUUGGAUCGAACGAGUGGUCAUUUUAGGACCACCUGAAAAAAUCACCAAGGCUACUUUAACAAGCAAUAGUCUAGGUACUGUGAAUUUGGAGACUACUUAUGAUGGAGAAAAUCGUUCUUUGGUUAUUCGUAAACCUGGUGUUAAUGUUAGAGAACCAUUUACUUUGAAACUUCAUUAAAACUUUUUGUUUAUCAUUUUUGUAAUUAUUAUUUAAUACGUAGUAGUUUUUUAUGUGAUGCUUCCUUCCAUCGUUGAUUGUGCAAGAAAUUCUGUCAAUAAAGAAAUCUAAUAAAAUUAA